AUCAGUCACUCUCCCACCCACAGCUCCACACUGCACUCCCCCCUCCAGAGGAACAUGUUGCUGCACAAACUGUUUGUCUGGAUCCUGUCCAUCCUGUGUGGCACUGACGUGUGUUUGGGGUUCGUGUACGACCGACCCAAGCGCUCGGGAGAGGACGGGACCUCGGCCAGGACAGAGGCUCGCUCUGCCUUCCAGUAUGUACCGACCUCCGGCUCCUGCAGGAACAGGUGUUUCGAGCUGGUUGAGUUGGAUCCUCCAAACUGUCGCUGUGACAACCUGUGUAAGACGUACAACAGCUGCUGCUGGGACUUUGACCAGCUCUGCCUCAGGACAGAGGGGGGAUAUGAGUGCAGGAAGGAUCGAUGUGGGGAGACUCGCAAUGAACUGCAUGCCUGCCACUGCUCUGAGGACUGUUUGGCCAGAGGAGACUGUUGCACCAACUACAAGAUGCUGUGUAAAGGAGACAGCUCGUGGCUGCAGGAUGAGUGUGAGGAGAUGAAGUCCCCUGAAUGUCCAGCUGGAUUUGUGCGUCAGCCGCUCAUCAUGCUGUCAGUGGAUGGAUUCAGAGCGUCUUACGUGAAAAGAGGAAACACUGUCAUUCCCAAUAUCGACAAACUCAGAACAUGUGGAACCCAUGCUCCGUACAUGAGACCUGUUUAUCCCUCCAAAACCUUUCCAAACCUCUACUCACUGGCUACGGGUCUUUAUCCAGAGUCUCAUGGUAUUGUUGGCAACUCCAUGUACGACCCAGUGUUUGACGCCACGUUCAGCCUGAGGAGCCGAGAGAAACUCAAUCAUCGCUGGUGGGGAGGACAGCCAAUCUGGAUCACUGCACUCAAACAGGGAGUGAAGGCUGCCACCUUCUUCUGGCCUAUUGCCAUCCCAUUAGAGAGGAGGAUACUGACCAUGCUGCAGUGGCUCCACCUCCCUGAAGGAGAGAGGCCCUAUGUCUAUGCCAUGCACUCUGAGCAACCAGACACAUAUGGACACAAAAUGGGGCCCAUGAGUGUAGAACUGAACAACCCUCUGAGGGUCAUUGACAGAAUCAUUGGUCAGCUGAUGGAUGGACUGAAGCAGAUGAGACUGCACCGCUGUGUCAACAUCAUCCUGGUGGGGGAUCAUGGUAUGGAAGAGGCCCACUGUGAUCGCACUGAGUUCCUCAGUAACUACAUGACCAAUAUUGAUGACAUCAUCCUCAUCCCUGGGUCUCUGGGCAGAAUACGCUCCAGACACCCGAACAACCCUAAAUAUGACCCCAAGGCUGUUGUUGCAAAUCUAACAUGUAAGAAAGCUGAGCAGCACUUCAAGCCGUACCUGAAGCAGCACCUGCCCAAGCGUUUGCACUACGCCUACAAUCGACGCAUUGAGGAGAUUCAUCUGCUGGUGGAGAGGAAGUGGCACGUCGCCAGGAAGGUUCCUGAGGGGAGGAGGCACUGUGGAUUCGCUGGUGACCAUGGAUACGACAAUAAGAUCAACAGCAUGCAGACUAUUUUCUUGGGGUACGGACCCACGUUUAAAUUCAAGACAAAAGUUCCAGCCUUUGAAAACGUUGAGCUUUAUAAUGUCAUGUGUGAUCUGCUGGGUCUGAAACCAGCCCCCAACAAUGGAACCCACGGCAGCCUGAACCACCUGCUGAGGACUCCCCCCCACAGACCCACCAUGCCCGAGGAGGUUUCCAGACCCACAGCCUCCGCUCUUGUUUCUACGGGAACAGAUGACCUGGGCUGCAGCUGCGAUGACAAGAACAAAGUGGAGGAGCUAAACCAGCGACUGAGGCAAGCUAUUGAUGACAGCAGGAACCUUCCGUACGGUCGACCUGCUGUACUCUUCCGUACCAAAUACUCCAUCCUCCACCACAGUGACUUCAUCAGUGGCUACAGCGAGCCUCUCUCUAUGCCCCUCUGGACAUCAUACGCCGUCAGCAGACAGGUAGAGGUGUCUCCUCUGCCAGAUGCUCUGUCCAACUGUGUGAGACCUGAUACCAGAGUCCCUCCAGUCUACAGCCAGUCUUGCACCAACUACAGAGCAGACAGACAGAUCACGUACGGCUUCCUGUAUCCACCACAAUUAUCCUCAACGAUAGACAAAAAAUAUGAUGCUGUCCUUAUCACCAACACGGUUCCCAUGUAUCCUGCAUUCAAGAGAAUCUGGGGCUACUUCCAGAGAGCACUGGUGAAGAGAUAUGCCACUGAGAGAAACGGAGUGAACGUACUCAUUGGGCCCAUAUUUGACUACAACUAUGAUGGUGUCAGGGACUCGGCAGAAAAGAUUAAAGAGUAUGUAAGUGGAACAAUUCCCAUCCCAACACACUACUUUGUGGUCCUGACCAGCUGCUUAGACUUCACUCAGGCUGCAGACACAUGUAGCGGCCCGCUGAGCAGCGCAGCAUUCAUCCUGCCACACAGACCCAGCAAUGAUGAGACCUGCAACAGCUCAGAGGAGGAGUCCCGCUGGGUGGAGGACCUGAUGAAGAUGCAUACAGCUCGGGUCAGAGACGUGGAGCUCUUGACAGGCCUGGACCUGUACCGCAGAACCACCCGGAGCUACGCUGAAAUCCUCUCGCUCAAAACUUACAUGCACACUUACGAGAGCGAGAUCUGAUCUCUGAGCACUCUGUUAAUGCUAAUGUUACUGAUCUUUUUCAGCCGUGGUGGAUGUAUGUGGUACAAGGAAGAAAUGGGAUUGUCUACACUGACCUACACUAGCUUCUUCUCUCCCUGGGCACUGUUGCUGCCAUCUGCAGCUGUUCUCCCUUUCACUGAGCAUUUGGAUUCCUCUAAGCCAUUUUAACUGUUUAGCAGCAGGACAGCAAAACAUUUCUGCUGCUCUGUGUUAUUGUUUCAGGUUUGACUCUCAAAUUUAAUCAACUUCCAACUCGCAUUCAAGUAAAUCAAACAGAAAGACACAUUCAAAUUAAGGACAGCCACACAAGGAGUCCCGACAUACAUAUUAUUCUGGGAUUCCAACACAGGGUUAAUCUUAUUUUAGAAUCAAGUUUCAAGCCCCAAGAAAUAAUAAUAAUAAUUAAGUCAAUGGUUCGGAUUAAAUCUGUACAUUUGUGCCAUACUGUGUUAAUAUCAGGUGGUUGAGGUUGAUAAUAAUCUGCCCUGUAAAAUGUAUGCUGUUUCCUUCUAUGCUACUCAUGACAAAAAGUGAAAUCACCAGCAGCAUGGCCACAACAACUUGUUAGGGGACCCAAUCUGCAAGCCAUAUAACAACUAGUCACAUACAUAUACUGCAGAUAUACCCAUUAUAUUCUCUUUAAAGAACCUGUACAAACAUAAAUCCAAGCUAAUUUGUAGAGCACAAUAUUUCCUGUGUGAAAAACAUAACAUUUAUUAAUCUUUAUUGCAGCACAAAGAACUAACAUUGGUCCAGACAGAACAACCACAUCGGUACUAAGGCAGGAAUGUACUAGUGCAAUGAGCACAUAUUUUCCUACAUGAUAUUGACCCACUCUGACAUUAUGUUUACUCAUUUUACUUUGUGUGCAUUGAAUUGUGUAUUUUUUGACAAGGAAUAAUAAUAAUGCAAUGUGUUUGUGUGUGUGUGUGUGUUGAACUCAAGAUAUUUUCGUGUGUGUGUGUGUGUGUGCGUGUCGUGAUGUUGACGUUUUGGUCUGUGCACAAUAACAUUGAUGAUGAUGAUUUAUUCUUAUGUUUUCUCUAAAACAUUUACCACCUGUGAGACUGUCCUAUUUAUGCUUUAUGUAAAGUUCUUCAAAAUAAACAUGUGUUUUUACUAAA